GUUCAACUCGAUCACUCCACACCCAGACCCACCCAGCUCACUUGGGUCGCGUCAGCUCAUAAACCAAACAGAGAGACCUCGUCGCCAGGGGCCACCAGCCCGGAGCAGCCAGAGAGAGCAGCAGAGGGGGCCAAAUCAGGAAGGCGCGAUGAUGCUGGACGCCAUCCGGGAGCACCUGCUGGAGGAGCCGUCGGAGGCGCUGGUGCUGGACACCAUCCGGCAGCACCUCCUGGAGGAGCCGGCGGAGGCGCGGCCGGCGUACCGGCGGAGCGAGAGCUUCGGGAGCCUCGUGGCGGACCAGUGGAGCGGCUCGCUGCCGUUCCGCACCGACGACGCCGACGACAUGGUCGUGUUCGGGGCGCUGCGGGACGCGUUCGCCUACGGCUGGCUCCCCGACGGCGCCUUCGCGCGGGUCAAGCCCGAGCCGCUCCCGUCCCCGGGCUCCUCCGACUACUCCUACGACGGCCUCGGCCUCCUGUACCCGGACCCGGAGCCGAUGACGCCGAGCAGCGACGCCGCGACGCCCAAGACGGAGGAGGCCGCGGCGGGCGUGGCGAGGGGCAAGCACUACCGCGGGGUGCGGCAGCGCCCCUGGGGCAAGUUCGCGGCGGAGAUCAGGGACCCCGCCAAGAACGGCGCGCGCGUGUGGCUCGGCACCUACGACACCGCCGAGGACGCCGCGCUCGCCUACGACCGCGCGGCCUACCGCAUGCGCGGCUCCCGCGCGCUCCUCAACUUCCCGCUCCGCAUCGGCUCGGAGAUCGCGGCCGCCACAGCCGCCGCCGCAGCCGCCCCCGGGGACAAGAGGCCGUCGCCCGAGCCCGCGACGUCAUCGGACUCGUCCUUCUCCACGUCCUCCUCGUCCUCUUGCUCGACGAGCGGCUCGACGAAGCGGCGGAAGCGAGGCGAGGCCGCGGCCGCGACGAUGGCCAUGGCCCUGGUGCCCCCGCCUUCCCAGCUCAACCGGCCGGCCCAGCCAUGGUUCCCCGCUGCGGCGGCCGAGCCGGCGGCCAUGGCGCCGCGCGUCGAGCAGCUGGUCAUCUGAGGCGCCGACCGGACCACCAGCUCAUGCCGUCCACCGGGCGCGCGGCCAAGGCAAUGAGGCGUGCCACAACGGACUCACCCUCACCGGCAGAGGCGCGGCGCCGGAAUUGGACGAGGCUCCUGGCGUCGCACCUGCACGGUGCCGCGCGACUGGCGACGCGAAUGCGACGGCGGGGGGCGGGGCGCGCGCAUCCCGGUGAAAGCUCCCCCGGAUGGAACGCGAUAAGAUCGGGAGCAACUUGGCGGGGCAAUUCGCAGCUCUGGAUGGUGCUGCUGCGCCGGGCAACUCGCCCAAGUGAAAGAAGCUGUGUGUAAUCAAGUGUCGUCGUGUCUAGUUGUCUGCGAAUUUUGGGCCCCCAAGGUUCUGCCGUUCAGUGUUUGCAUCAUUGUCAGAGUGCUUGUGCUUCUGAUAAGUGAUAAGAUUUUCAAAAAAUGUACAAAAGUAGUAGGGAGACGAUGAGAUUUGGAACAAUCCGCUUUGUUCUUUGUCAACCCCCAAUGGGUGCGGCAUCGUCUGAUAAUAAAUAAAUAAAUA